AAAAACCCAGUAUUAUGGAUGCAAUUUUCAUGUCAUCUUCGUCUGAGAAAUCAUAUUCUCCAUACAACCAACUCAAGAAUGUUUCACAGAGAAAUACUGGAGCUAGUUUCGUUUCAAAACCAUGUGAAAACUUAGCUCCUACAAACACCAUCCAUGGCGGGGGCCUCUUGUUUGUUCCUCCACUGUCUCUUUCCUUCUCUUAUCCUCCUUCGCCUUCUCUUCUCAAUCCAAUAUUAUAUCAAAAUCAUCAGCAGCAGCUGCAGCAACCACCUCUUCUCCCACUUCCAAUCCCUAAUAAACCUCUCCAAAGCUCUCUCCCUUCUCGAACCCGAAGCCUUUCUUCCUCUCCUUCUAACAGGAAAAGCAACAGAGCCAGAGAGCAAUCUCUCACACCAAAGAGAUCAAAAUCAAAACAACUCAAUGGCAAAGUAGAAGAUCAACCAAAGAAAGAUCAUAUAAAGCCAACAGAAGCAACAAAAACACAAACCAUAACAAAGUCCUUUGUCAUGGCAUCAGCUAACCCAAUAGGACCUGAUCCGAAUGAUCUCCCCAAGGUCUUAGCAUUAUCAUACAUAGCAACAGGUAACGUUGCGAAAGAUUUGGAGAAGUUUUCAGGUUCUGUCUUUACACUCUCUCCACCACCUAGCAGUUUGCCUUUGCCUAAGUUUUCGCUUAGACCAAAGCUUAGUUGCAACGCUGAAGCUGCUGGAGUUGAUGCUGGAGCCACAGAUAAUCUCCGACGACUCCUACGUCUCCGUUGAACAACGAAAGUUUGCUCCUUUUGGUUUCCUGGUGCUUUGUGAAGGGUCUAUAGCGUAAAUAAAGGCCUUACAAAUUAAGGGUAUGCAUUCCUUAAUCAAGUAGCAUCUUUUUUUUUUGUUCUCUCGUUUUUCUCCUAAAAUUUUCUUAUAUCAUGGGAAAUAUUGUGA